AUGGAGUCACAGCCAGCGAUCAAGCAACUGGCGAUCCUCCUCUCUCGCUCGCUCAACACACUCAACCCGAACGAGGUGCUGGCCAAGUCGGUGUUCCAGCUGUCGCAGUCGCACACGCUGACUUCGUUCACCCAAGCGAUCAGCGCCUUUGGUCGUUUCUCCCCGCACGACGCCCACGAGAUCUACGAGCUCUGUCAGAAGCAGGACUCCAUCAACGAGGCCUUCCGUGCGCCUGGGAGUGGCUUGACCGUCGUGGAUGCGGAUGUUCUGCAGCCUGACGCACCGCCGGCAAGGCCGGGGCUGUCCGUCGGAGGCAGCGGGGACGGCCGUGCGGAGGACAAGCACGUCUUCAGGGCACCCUCGGUACCCCAACGCAGCCAAUUGGGUCUGGAUCGGCUCGCACAGGAGAAGCGUAGGGAGAGGGAGAACGCCACCGCUUCCAAUCGCGCCUCGUCGAGUGGGGGCGAGCACCACCGCCCGCCCGUCAAGCGCCUCAAGUACGACGAGGAGGACGAAGUACCCCACGACGAUUUCAAGAGUGAGUUCUAUACCCGGGUGGUAACUUCGUCGCAUCGCUGACUCUUUCCCCUCCCCUAGUCCCGUCUCGAACCGGACCGUCCAACCUGCGCGCCCGACCCGACGACACCCCUUCCCACCCUGGAGGUCUCUCCCAAACGGCCCGACAAAAGCUCGAAGAGCACCGAGCAAGGAAAACGGCCAAGUCACGACCCGAAGGUGUGGUCGACUCGCGCUACGAACGGGACCGCGACGAAGCCGGCAAGAGGGCGAUGGAAGGCUUCCGCGAUCGACUGAACCGCAAUGAUGGUCGAGACUAUGGCAGUCGAGGAGGGCGCAGGAAGGAUUGGGACGAGGAAGGCCGUUUGAGAGAUCAGAGGGAUGAUCGAUGGGCUCAACGAGCGCCGCCCUCGCGCGACAAUGGCAGGACACCGCGCCGAGACGUCUACGACACGCCCAGCAACGCCGAGAUCACGGCCCAUCGCGUCAAGGACCAGUCGUGGGACUCGACACCUUCUUCAUCGCGUGGGGGUGGUGGCGGUGGUGGCGGUGGUGGCGGCGGUGGCGGUCAGUCACGUCCUCGCCACUCGUGGGACUCGACACCCCGAUCCUCGGUCCAUGGAAGCACCAAAGGCUCGAGUGCGCGCGAGUGGGACACCCCUCGAUCCGUCCGAGCCGGAUUCGGCGACGAAUCCCCGGGUCCUCUUCCACCCCCUUCGUCGGUCGUCGACGAGCAAGAAUGGGCCGAAGAGCAACAGCGCCUCGAUCGAGACUGGUACAACUCGGAUGAGAUGGGUGGCGAGGCCGGGGACAACUCGGCCUUCGGUGGCUACGACGACUAUGAUAGCCAGAAGGAGGCUGAACUACUGCGUCGAGCGAACGGAGGCGGAGGACCCAAGAAGCGCGUGACGGCUCGUCAAGCUGCUUACAACGCCGACAACGAGUCGUGGGAGGAGAACCGACUGGCGCUUUCGGGUGUCACGGGUGAACGCCGACAACUCGACUUUGACUCGCUCGACGACGACGAAGAGACCAAAGUCCAUCUGCUGGUCCACGAUCUCAAGCCGCCGUUCCUCGACGGUCGUCUCACGUUCACCAAGCAGCUCGAUCCCGUCAACCCAAUCCGAGAUCCGACCAGUGAUUUGGCCGUCUUUGCCAAGAAAGGCAGCUUGCUCGUCGUCGAACGGCGACAGCAGAAGGAGCGAGAAAAGGCAGCGGCCAAGGUUGCGCAGCUGGCGGGGACGGUGUUGGGGAACCUGACCGGUGUCAAGGAGAAGGAGGAGGAGCCGGAAAGUAUGUCGAUGAGAGAUCACACCUUGGGUCUACUUCUCGGGCGCUGACUCUGUUCUUUCGGAUUUGCAGAACUUCCGACCGCGUCCAUCGCCAAGGGCAAGCAGCGCGCGCGACAUGACGAAGACAACGAAGACACGAGCGCCAACUCGGACUCCAAGUUUGCGUCUCAUCUCAAAGCCGCAGGUCAGGGCUCGAGUGCAUUCUCUCGCAAUAAGUCGCUCAAACAGCAGCGACAAUACCUGCCAGCCUUCGCUUCUCGCGAGGAUCUGCUCAAGGUCGUUCGAGAAAACCAAGGUGAGCCCUUUUUCGGACUCAAUUCAGACAUUGCGGCUGACAUGGGUGACAUCGUUGGGUCCAGUCGUCAUCUGUAUCGGCGAAACUGGAUCGGGCAAGACGACUCAAUUGACGCAGUUCCUGCACGAAGAAGGCUACAGCGACUUUGGGAUCAUCGGGUGCACGCAACCUCGUCGUGUUGCCGCGAUGAGUGUUGCCAAGCGAGUCAGUGAAGAAAUGGAGGUCGAGCUUGGGGCAGAGGUUGGCUACGUCAUCCGCUUCGAAGACUGUACAAGCGACAAGACCGUCAUCAAGUGUGAGCCUGUUUCGUCGGCCAUAAGUCCGAAAAAUGAGAGACUAAGCUUUGCAAGUGGGUUGUAUUAUAGACAUGACGGAUGGUGUACUUCUUCGAGAGUCCCUCAACGAGGGUGAUCUGGAACGGUACAGCGUCAUCAUCCUCGACGAGGCCCACGAGCGCUCCCUCAACACCGAUAUUUUGAUGGGUUUGCUCAGGAAGAGUGCGCUGUUGCACGUGUCUUGGCUCGUUCUGCGGGUGCUGAUCUCAAUGUUCUUUGCAGUUCUUUCUCGUCGACGUGAUCUCAAGCUCAUCGUGACCUCUGCCACCAUGAACGCCGAAAAGGUGAGAGCUGUCGCGUGCGGAUCCUUCCUGGCCAUAGGCACCAGGACUGACGAGUCAUUCAUCUUGUGCAUCUGCAGUUCUCCAAGUUCUACGACGACGCUCCCUGCUUCACGAUACCGGGCCGAACCUUCCCGGUCGACAUCCUGUUCAGCAAGACACCUUGCGAGGAUUAUGUCGACAGUGCGGUUAAGCAGGCUCUACAGAUUCACAUUUCGCACCCACCUGGCGAUAUCCUCGUCUUCAUGACGGGUCAAGAGGACAUCGAGGUCACGUGCGCCGUCAUCACCGAGCGUCUCGCUCAAGUCGAAGAUGCGGCCGAGUUAGCCGUUUUACCCAUCUAUUCGCAGAUGCCGGCAGAUCUACAAGCCAAGAUCUUCGAGGCGACCGAAGAUGGACGCCGCAAGUGCAUCGUCGCCACCAACAUCGCCGAGACUUCGUUAACCGUCGAUGGUAUCAUGUAUGUCGUUGAUGCUGGCUACAGUAAGCUCAAGGUCUAUAACCCUCGCAUGGGUAUGGACUCGUUGCAAGUGACGCCGAUCAGUCAAGCCAACACGAACCAGCGAGCCGGGCGAGCUGGAAGGACUGGUGCAGGGUGAGCCUUUCCUCAUUCUUCCUGUACGAUGCGCUUUGACUUGACUCGCUCACGCGAUUCUCGCCGUAACAGUACUGCCUAUCGACUCUUCACCGAGAUGGCGUACCGCGACGAAAUGUUUCCCAACACGAUUCCCGAGAUUCAACGUACGAACCUCGCCAACACGGUCCUGCUUCUCAAGUCACUCGGGGUCAAGAACCUCCUCGAGUUCGACUUCAUGGACCCUCCACCGCAAGAGAACAUCCUCAACUCGAUGUAUCAACUCUGGGUCCUCGGUGCGCUCGAUAACACGGGUGAACUGACCUCGCUCGGACGCAAGAUGGCCAACUUCCCUAUGGAUCCUGCACUAGCCAAGAUGCUCAUCGUUUCCGUCGAACGUCAUUGUUCGACUGAGGUCCUGACGAUCGUUUCGAUGUUGUCAGUUCCGAGCGUGUUCUAUCGCCCCAAGGAGAGGAUCGAAGAGAGUGAUGCGGCGAGGGAGAAGUUCUUCGUGCCGGAGAGUGAUCAUCUCACGCUCUUGCACGUUUAUACCCAGUGGAAGAGCAAUGGGUCAGUACUUGUACGAUCGAGAAUUCUCGCAAAAGGACUCAAAAGCUGACCCAACCUCAACUUCACCAUCGCAGCUACCGGGAUGACUGGGCGACGAAGCAUUUCCUACACCCGAAGACCCUGCGCAAGGCUCGUGAAGUGCGCAUGCAACUGCUCGACAUCAUGAAACAUCAAAAGCUCGACAUCAUUCCGUGCGGUACCGACUGGGACGUCAUUCGGUGAGAUUCUUGAACUGCAUGGUCUUCAGGAAAAGCCAAGCUCUGGGUUCUCAUGCCCGUCUUUCCUUUCUCUGUUCGAACAGCAAAACGAUCUGCGCCGCCUAUUUCCACCAAGCCGCCCGCGUCAAAGGGAUUGGAGAAUACCAGCAUUGUCGCACGGGAGUGCCGAUGAACUUGCACCCUACGAGCGCGUUGUACGGUCUCGGCUUCUUACCCGAUUAUACAGUGUACCAUGAGUUGGUGCUCACUUCGAAAGAGUAUAUGUCCACGGUGACUUCGGUGCAGCCGGAGUGGUUGGCCGAGUUGGGUAACAAGGUGAGUAAAGUCGAUGAGUGUUGAGUUGGUGUCGGAUGCGGAUGCGGGCUAACCGGAUAUGCGAUGGGUGUUUGUGCAGUUCUACUCGAUUCGCGAACAGACGUUCGGGGAAAGUGCUCGACGUGCUCGUGACAAGGGUACGUUCCAUUGCUGAGCGUAUCAAUUACAGGGCCCCAAGGCUAACGAUUGCGUUUCUAUCUCCACAGCGUUUGAAACCGAAUCCCAAGCCGAGAUGGACCUCAAGCUCCAAUUCGCCAAAGACGAAGAAGCGGCCAUGGAACGAGCAAAGGCCGCCAAGAGUGUGGCGAGUACACCGAGGAUCGCCGGUGUGGGAGCUCCGACGCCUAAGAGGACACCCAGACGCUUUGGGUUCUGA